UAGACAGAGCGCUGUCCUGGUGGACUGAAGAGUUUGCGUUCGGGUUUGGUAGACACAGAUAUAUGUACAUUACCUUGGAAAGAGUUAGAAAGUGGGGAUCUGUAGCAGUGCUGUUGAGGCUGAAGUUGUCUCCUCGCCACAUUUUUUCUGUCCCAAAGGACACAACCGCAGAGGCUGCCAGCUCCAACUGUAGCAAACACAAGUCGAUGACUGAGAACUCCGCCUCCCAUGAUGGACAAGAAAAGUGCCAACGGCUUUCAGACCAAGGCCAGUGAGGGCGGUGUUCAGAGGAAGCAGCUGCCCUACUCAGUGGAAACUCCCUAUGGCUUCCACCUGGACCUGGACUUCCUCAAGUAUGUUGAUGAUAUUGAAAAAGGCAAUACAAUCAAAAGGGUCCACAUUCAACGCAGGGUCAAGGGUCCACCUAAAUUCAGCACUCUGCCCAGAAAUUUCAGCCUUCCUGGGCAUGGGGCCAGGCCUGUCCCUAAAGAAAAGGACUGCACAUGGUCUGGGACCUCCACCCUGGGACCCAAGCCCAAAUCACGAGUGACAGAAGUCCAACAGAUCUUUGACUUCAGGGCAAGUGAAGGGGGACCUUCCAGCCAGAGCAGCAGGGGAGGAACCAGUCAGGGAACUGGCUACGCUUCAGCUAAGCCCCGAGAUGAAGUAGGAGCUGGGGGUCGGGAUGGUGAAGAGAAAACUGUGGGGAUUCAAAGCCGGCCGAACCUGCUCCGAGCAUCAAGCAUGCCCAUCACCCUACAGCAGCGGAAAGGUUCUGAUUCAAACAGUCCAGACCGUAUUGUGGGCACACCGGAGAGUGGGUCAACAGAGAACAUGUUCCGUGCAUCACCGGACAUAACAGAGAGACGGUGUGUUCCCCAGGAUCGGACGGGGCUUCACCAGCAGAUCACAGUGGCACUAAAGCGGGUCAGAGAGCUGGAAGAGCAGGUCAAAACCAUCCCAGAACUAAAGGCUCAGAUCUGCUCACUAAGGGAGGAGAGGGAGCAACUACUGCUUCAACUCCAAGCCCAGGCCCAAGCCCAGGUUUCCACAUCGUCCUCUACCAUAGUACCAGGUUCUGAUCCCGGGACACGCACUCAGCCACAGGGACUCAGACCUUCAGAGGGACUCAACUUAGCUCUGAUGACUCAACCCACCGGAGGUUUAGAAGCUUCAGAGCAUGUGCCAACACAGCUGGUAACAGGGCAAGAGAAACAAGAUGUGACAGAGAAAAGUAGAGUGUUACUAAAAGAGAGGGAGAUAAAUCAGGAAUCUGUCAAGGGUCCUUCAGCAUAUGGAGAAAUGGGUGGGUUGUCAGAACAAGAGUCAGAGAGACAAAUGCAGGCGUCAGAAAAAGCAGACAAACAAAAAGAGACAAUAGAGAGCCCACUGGAGCAGGCGGUGCAAAAGCUAUCACAGAACAUUGCAGGACAAGAAUUAACAUCACUUAUGGUGGCUAUGAAAAAUACAGAGGCUAGCAGUACUCAGGAUGGUAAUGCAGGGAAAAUUGUGGACCCAGACAGUAUGCAGAAGCUGCAGGAGAAGCUUAUGACACUGGAGACUAAACUUACUCAAGCUAGCCACGAGCUGGACAGAACUAAUCAGCUUUUGAAAGUACAAUAUGAGGAGAACAAGCAAAAAGAGGAGCGAAUACUGCAGCUGAGUGAGGGGGUGAGAGUGGAGGUGUGCACAACAGAAGCACACAGCAGGCCCAGAAGAGAGAGUAUUGACACAGGGACUGAGACGGAGAGAGUAGAUUUUGCCAACCAGGAGACAGAGACAGAAUUGCCAGGUACAAUAGAUCAGGGAACAGAUACAGAUAGAAUCUGUAUUGAAGUGUGUGUGCCCAAACCAAGGACUGGAAGCAUAGAUCAAGGAACAGAGACCAGUACAGCUGACACACAUGAACAGGUGACGGAGAUGGAGGCAGAGGUAGCUGCUGUGAGUCCGCCAAGACCCAGAGCCAACAGCAUGGAACGAGGCACAGUAACUGAGAGGAUCGCCACUCAGGAUCAGAUGACCGAGACGCCCGUGACGGAAAGGGUAAACCAAGUCACAGAAACAGAGGGAGAGACAGUGACAGACCAUCCGCAGAGGCCGAGGGCCAGCAGCGUGGACCGGGGGACAGAGACAGAGAGAGUGGGCACUGUGGACAGGGUGACAGAGACGGAGGAAGCACAGAGGAUGGACCAGCAGACCGAGACAGAGAUGAACAGACGCCUGGAUAACAAUCCAGCCAGAGGUGCAGAAGCAGAGAGUCCAGUGAGAGAAGGUGCAGGUAGCGAAAGAGAAGAAGAUGUAGAUACUGUUGUCAGUGAAAGAGUGGAAGACAAGGAAGCAAGUCAAAGAGAUGGUGGAGAUGGUGAAAGUGUGGUCAUGAAAGUUGUCACACAGAGUUCAGUUGCAGUUAUAGAAAGCAGAGCUGAACAAGCUACAGUUUCAGAUAUUGUGAGCCAGGAUGAAGGAGAAAAGACAGAAUCUAAGACUGAAACAGUUACAGCAAAGAAUGACUCAGACACAGGGGAGAUUUUGCCCCCAAAGACUGAAGUAACAGAAAUUGUUGAAAUACAGCCGACUGCACCAGAGACUGUGGAGAAGGAACUAAUGGAAGAAGGUGAGAUUGUGAGUGCAACAAUCAAAGAGACUGUGGUAACUGGCACGGUUGUAGUAACAGCAGAGACUACAGCUGUGAAGACGGUAGCCCCUGUACGACCCCAGAGAGGCCGAAAGCCCUCAGCAGAGCAGCCACAGCCGUCACCUCUUCAACUUCAGGCUGCACCUGUGCGGCCUCGUAGGGGAUCCAGUGAGACUCAAGCCCAGCAGUCCCACCCUCAGGUGCAGGUACAAGGUCCACCUCAGCUCGAGGCCCAAAGCCCAACACAGCUCUCUGAACCACAGGUAAAACAUCCUGCCCCAUCCUUGUCUCAGGUUGAGGACCACACCCAAGCCAAGAGGCUUCCUGGAGAAUCCAGUGAGAAAAAAUCUGAAACACAACCUCCGACUGAGACUGAAGGCCUGUCUCCAGGCCCCAGUGAAGUCCAAACCAGACCCAAUUCAAUUCAAGCCCAGAAUAAGUCUCAAACUCGGCGGGACUCCAAAGAGCUGAAAGCACCACAGAAGGGACCCAGUGUAUCACAACCUUCUAGGCGUGGAUCAGGAGAAGCCCAGGCCCGCACAACUCGCCAGGGGUCAUGUGACACCCAGCCUCCGUCUCAGGGCUCACGCAGAAGUUCUAGUGAGACUCAACCCCCUCACAAAGAUGACAGCAAGACGCAAUCUCUGCGCAGAGGCUCCGGUGAAACAGCCCAGCGUCGUGGUUCAACUGAAGCCCAAGCCUCACGUCGGGACACUGGCGAGGCCCAGCCCACCCGCAGGGGCUCCAGCGAGUCACCGACAUCGCCUGCGGCUUUAGGCCAAGUCGUAACCCGAUUAACAGGGCUUCUGGGGGAGCAGUGGGCACAGCUGGGGAGCAGCUCUGGAACUCAACAGCCAGCCAGCCAGCAGGAGAGCCCGAGCACGCAGAAACAGACGGCAGGGAAAAAAGCAGAGGCAGGCAAAGGAGCGUCGGCCAAGCCUGCGGGGAAAGCCGUCCCUGCAGCAACAACCAGGAAACCAGCGGGGAAGCCCGGCCCUUCCAAAAUGAGCUCUAUUCAAAGUCAACUGGUCAGCUCCCUCAGCGUCCUCUCUGCCUUCUAUUCACCAGCCCAGAAAGCUGCUGCUGCCAGCAAACAGCAAGAACAAGGUCUCAAAUCUAUUAUGAAGAAAAAUGGUGCUGCUGACAAGCAGGGGAACAAGGGAGCCAAGAAAAACCUGAAGUUUGUUGGGGUGAAUGGAGGCUAUGAGACGACAUCCAGUGAAGAGUCCAGUGGAGACGAGAAGCCAAAGGCAGAGGUGGAGGUGGAGGAGGAGGACAGCUCAGAACCAGAGGUAGAGAAGGAGACCGAGCCGGAGGAGAAGCCUGAGGAGGGAGCAGAGGUCCAGCAGAAGGAUGCGGAGGUCGCGGUUGAGGGAGGAGGUGCCGUGGCUGCAGAGAAGGAGGGUGAAAGAGGGCUGCUGGAUCCAGAGGGCAGCCAGGGGCUCCUGGAGGAACAGGCUGAAGGGGCGAAAGUUGACAAGAGUUUCAUAGAUGCUUGCCUCUAUGUGAAAGACCGCAUGGAAGAGGUUUCAUCCCCAGAUAAAGAAAUGCGUCAGGUGUUAGUGGUGCUCUACCAGGAGUGGUUCAGGGUCUCCAGUCAGAAAGACUCGCAGGCCGAUACCGUCAGGUUAUACCUGCGACAAGUGGGCUUGACCACACCCACUCUCCUGCCAUAUGUAGUGAACCUGACAGACGGCAAUGGGAAUAUGGCCCUGCAUUACAGCGUGUCGCAUUCAAAUUUCCCUGUGGUCAAACUGCUGCUGGAUACUGGUCUAUGUGAGACAGACAAUGUGAACAAGGCAGGCUAUACUCCGGUGAUGCUCGCUGCUCUGACGGCUGCUGAGAGCCCUGAUGAUCUGGAGGUGGCACAACAGCUGCUGAAACUGGGUGAUGUCAAUGCAUGCUCCAGACAGGCCGGCCAGACGGCGCUCAUGCUUGCGGUGAGCCACGGACGCGUUGCCAUGGUGAAGCUGCUCCUGAGCUGCGGCACGGAUGUAAAUGCCCAGGACCGCGAGGGCUCCACGGCCCUGAUGUGCGCCAGCGAACAUGGACACACACACAUCGUGCGUCUGCUGCUGGAAACAGGUCGCUGUGACCUCAGCCUCACGGAUAAGAAUGGACAGACAGCGCAGUCGGUGGCGGAGGGAGCCUCCCACCAAGACAUAGUUGACCUUCUCAAGGCCCACGCUGAGAGCCGAGCCUCCGAGCCCUCGUCUACCACAGACCUCCUCUGAGCCAGGCCGACCCUGUUUACUUCUUAGAACCGCUCCAGCUAGCUGACCCCCAACCCUUCAAUUUCCAAGACCCUCUGCCCACCAACAACGAGGGAAAAAGGUCGAAUUAAGGACAUGGUGACACCAUACAAGACUCCGUAUGAGCGGUGGAAAACGUGGCCAUGCUCUGUUUACUGUGGAAAUACAAAUAAACCUCUAAGACUGGAGCGUCCAGCGAUGUACACCCACAUUUCUCUUCCACGUCUCUGCCAACAUGCCCCUGUGGGAGUUUAUGGAUAUGCUGCAUCAACCACUCAGUGGACAGAAAACAAAGGGCGCCGCUCGGAUUGAUGAUAAGACAUUGCCAUCGUGACAAACGUGACUGACAGGAUUUUAAUUGGGGGACAGGGUCAGAAAAUCAAGAGGGAUCAGGGUUGGACAGACUGGCUAGUGGAUGAAGAUACUCUGACAAACUGCUGCUUCUUAUCAUCAACUAGCUCGUCAAGCGAAAUACUAAGCACAUGAUCUACCUUUCAAAUUUACAAUAUUAAAUAUGACAUAAUUUCUAUUUUUUCUUUUCUGACAUUGACAUCAUUCUUUUCAUAUUUGGACAUAAGCCAUUAUUGAGAACAUAGUAUAUGUAGAAUGUUAUUCUAGCAGAUUAUUAUCAUAUACAAACACAGAAACUGUAUUUUCUACUGCACUUUUUUUUAUUGUGUUUGUGUACAGUAAGUUAUCAUCUCUAAUACUGAUGCCCAGAAGAAAAUAUAUCUCUAAAAGUGCAAAUUAGCAAAUUAAGUAAAGAAGAACUUCUGGUCAAAUUUCCCAUCAUCUAUUGGAUAUUGGACAUCAUUAAAUGCAUUAUUUUUUGCCACAGUAAUGAUGUUUUUCACAUACAAGACAUGGGUGAUCAGCAGAUGUGGAUGACUGAAGAAACUGGUGGAUAAGUUGGAGCUGAAAUGUUUCUGUUGGACACAAAAGAAAUGAUUUUUAUAACCACAAUAUAACCAGGUGAAAGAAAGACAAAAGUCUUCUGAUGAGAAGACUGUACUGUCCGGAAGGUGCUGCAUGCCAAUACACAGUUACUCCCCCUACUGGCUGUCUGAUAGUACUAAACAACAGUAUGUUGUAAUACUGUGUGCUCUCACUGUUAACGUCUCUCUCUCCUUCUUCAUGGUUCUCUCAGUUCAAAUGUAUGUCUAAUGUAUGUCUCGUUCGCCUGCUCGUCUCAGAUCGAAUCAUGUAUGCAGCUGCUACAAAAUGCACAAUGAAUGUCAGGCUGGCUGUGAUACAUUCCAAGAAAAAUGUAGCUAACUAUACUGGCAUGGAUCCUGAGACUAACAGAGAUAUGGCAGACAUAGGAAUGAGUCUGGAUAUUUAAUUACUAAGAAAAUCUUGAUUGCCAAGGUUGGCUCUGCCUGUCUUCAAGUUACUAACACUAGUUCACUUCGUUCCUGCCUCGAGACGUACAUGUUUCAAAAUGGUGAACUGACAAGAUGUUAAAACCAAGAGCAAAGGGUUUUUAAUGGCUUGCAAUCCUAAAAGAAGCAAUAUCAAUGAAAAACUACCUUUUCAAUCAGAAACUAGGUAGGGAGAGGGGCUUUGGUCUAGCCUUAAUCAGAUCCUACAUUUUAGAGGUGAGAUGUGUUUCAGGGAGUGUGGUCUUUGUCUUCUGUUUUCCACAAACCUACACCCACAUUCCUAAAGUUUCUGAAAACAGGAGUACUGAUAAAAUGUUUACAACCUAACAGCUCCCCUUCAGUGGCCCCUGCAGAAACCAGCAGUUACCAGUAAACAGGAGACAAAGGGAUCAGUCAUUUUACCUGGAAACAGGCAUCUGGAGGAGUGUGUUCGCCCCCCUGCAGAGGGCUCAUGGCUGCUGAACAUUGUAUUUUUUCAUAAAGUUGACUUUAAAAUCAAAGCUUUAAGGGGGCACUCCAGCCAUUUAGUAUUGGAACCUCCGUAAAGUUGAAGAACCCUCAAGAGAUAUUCAAAGGAAUCAUAUAUCCUGACUUUAACUCUAAAAACACUGGAUACUCCAGUUCCCAUAAUGCAACCAGUGGCAUCAUUUUGCCUGCCAAAUGUCAAUGUCUUUCAAACUCCAUACUUCUAACGCAGACUUUGUGUUAUAAAGAAAGCUCCUCCAGAGAAAACAUCGUACUGAGCGCUCCUCGUGACGAGCAGACUAACCUAUAUAAGGAGGUUUGGUGCAGUGCCUCUUAUAACGGUGACUGGGGUUUGCUGGGGUUACUGUAGGUAGAAUUUAAAGGGGAAUACCACUCAUUUUAACAACUGCCAUGUCCGUGGUCUAUGACGGUCCAGUCUGCACUGUAGCUAGAAUCUGGUCCAAGACUUGUCAGCUCUGGAGAAUCUUCAGCAUUAGCUUCUUACUGACAAAUCAAACAUCUCAGCUCUUAUUCUUCCUUUUGAAAAGCUGGAUUCUGGAUUUAUUGACUGGCUUUAGUCAUGGUUAGUCUAUGUUGCCACAGUAUGUAGAGCUGCAGUGUGAUCUGACCACUGAUCCUGCACCAGUACUCUCUCAUUCCCAGACACUUUAUUAAUGUGGGUGCUAACACGGGACUAUAUAGAUUGACAUGAAGAUUAUACCUAUUAUAUUAAAGUAUGUUGAUUAUAUAGUAGUAUAUACAGUGGCUGCAUUUACUCAGCAACAAUGGGAAUUUUUCAACAGUGGCUCAGUAAUCAGAUCAUCAUUUGCUGAGUCACAAAGUAGCACAGAUUUCUCAACGAUGAGGCCGCUUUUACACAGGAUCAGAAACUCUGAGCUCUGGCUUUGAGCAGCACAUCUGAUCAUCAUUGGUCGUCUGUAUAUUAAGGGACAAAAAUUAGAGUGCGCGUAGCUUCCCUCGUUUCAGACGACUGAUGGAUGAUCCGAUCUGUGCUGCGUGAAACACUAUCUGGUAUAUCUGGUCUUCCUUGCCUGUGUAUUAAGUCUUAAAGUAAAUCGCAUCCAUAUGUUUAAUCCAGUGUGACCCAGAUGUAGUAAGGUUUCAUAACUGGCUCAACACCAAAGAAGUGAAAUCAGAUCUGUUUCACAUGGGGUUAAGUAUAUAGUUUUAUCUGUUCCUGUUCCAGAUAUAUGUACAUACAGUAUUGUGAAAAAUAUAUAACAAGUAUUGUCUGACAGUUUGCUCUAAAAAUUAUAUUAAGUAUUUAUUCCAAAUGCUAUAUUUUUUACCAUAUAUAGUAUACUUAUGUAUGCAUGGACAAAUAUUCCAGUGAUUCUGUUGAGGGGGCAUUGGGGUGAUUGGAAAUUAUGCUGUUCCCUGAUGAUGUGAUUAUCCAGCUUAUCUUUGAUAGGUUGGGUGGUGUAGUACAUGUGUGAUUUGACAAGGAUGUGAAGUGUGUCAUGUGCCCUUUAAUACUAUCUUUGACAUUUGAGGGGGAAAUAUGAAGCAGAUUUGGAACCGGCUUAAGCUACAAGGGCAACGUCUCCCUUGUUUGAAAACCUGAUCUGAUAAUCAAAGUGUAUGUACAUGACAUGAGUCAAAUGUAAAAACAUGUACCUCUCUGAAGUAUUCCUUGUACUGUAUAUGUUACA